AUGUCGGACGUAGAAGAGAACAACGCCCCCGAGGUCUCCGAGGAAGUCGAAGUCUCCGCAGAUGCCUCCAAGGGCUCCAUGUCUGUUCUGGACGCCCUCAAGGGUGUUCUGAAGCUCGCUCUCAUGCACGACGGUCUUGCCCGCGGUCUCCGUGAGGCUUCCAAGGCCCUCGACCGUCGCCAGGCCCACAUGUGUGUCCUGAACGAGGCCUGCGAGGAGGAGGCUUACAAGAAGCUCGUCAUUGCCCUGUGCUCCGAGCACAAGAUCCCCCUGAUCAAGGUGCCCGACGGAAAGCAGCUCGGCGAGUGGGCUGGUCUCUGCGUUCUUGACCGUGAGGGCAACGCCCGCAAGGUCGUCAACUGCUCCUGCGUCGUUGUUAAGGACUGGGGCGAGGAGUCCCAGGAGCGCAGCGUCAUCCUCAACUACUUCCAGACCGAGCAAUAA